AUGAAACUAAUUAUCAUCCUUUUCCUCUGCUCCAGGCUGCUACUAAGUUUAACCCAGGAAUCACAGUCCGAGGAAAUUGACUGCAAUGAUAAGGAUUUAUUUAAAGCUGUGGAUGCUGCUCUGAAGAAAUAUAACAGUCAAAACCAAAGUAACAACCAGUUCGUACUGUACCGCAUAACUUCUAAACCACUAAGAUGGUGAGUGAACUGUGUUCGCUCUGACACAUUUUAUUCCUUCAAGUAUGAAAUCAAGGAGGGGGAUUGUCCUGUUCAAAGUGGCAAAACCUGGCAGGACUGUGACUACAAGGAUGCUGCAGAAGCGGCCACUGGAGAAUGCACGGCAACCGUGGGGAAGAGGGCGAGUAUGAAAUUCUCUGUGGCUACCCAGACCUGCCAGAUUACUCCAGCCGAGGGCCCUGUGGUGACAGCCCAGUAUAACUGCCUCGGCUGUGUGCAUCCUAUAUCAACGCAGAGCCCAGACCUGGAGCCCAUUCUGAGACACGGCGUUCAGUACUUUAACAACAACACUCAACAUUCCUCCCUCUUCACGCUUAGUGAAGUAAAACGGGCCCAAAGACAGGUGGUGGCUGGAUGGAACUUUCUAAUUACCUACUCAAUUGUGCAAACGAAUUGUUCCAAAGAGAAUUUUCUGUUCUUAACUCCAGACUGCAAGUCCCUUUGGAAUGGUGAUACUGGUGAAUGUACAGAUAAUGCAUACAUCGAUACUCAGCUACGAAUUGCUUCCUUCUCACAGAAGUGUGACAUUUAUCCAGGGGAGGAUUUUGUACAACCACCUUCCAAGAUUUGCGUGGGCUGCCCCAGAGAUAUACCCACCAACAGCCCAGAGCUGGAGGAGACACUGACUCAUACCAUCACAAAGCUUAAUGCAGAGAAUAACGCAACUUUCUAUUUCAAGAUUGACAAUGUGAAAAAAGCAAGAGUACAGGUGGUGGCUGGCAAGAAAUAUUUUAUUGACUUUGUGGCCAGGGAAACCACAUGUUCCAAGGAAAGUAAUGAAGGGUUAACCGAAAGCUGUGAGACCAAAAAACUUGGUCAAAGCCUAGAUUGCAAUGCUGAAGUUUAUGUGGUACCCUGGGAGAAAAAAAUUUACCCUACUGUCAACUGUCAACCACUGGGAAUGAUCUCAUUGAUGAAAAGGCCUCCAGGUUUUUCACCUUUCCGAUCAACACAAGUAGGGGAAAUAAAAGAAGAAACAACUAGUCACCUAAGGUCCUGCGAGUACAAGGGUCGACCCCCAAAGGCAGGGGCAGAGCCAGCAUCUGAGAGGGAGGUCUCUUGACCAAUGGGCAGAAUCUUCACUCCAGGCACAUAGCCCCAACCACCUCUGCCAGCAACCUUGAGAGGAAGGACAAGAAGAAAGAUGGGAUAGAAUUUAAAUAGAGAUGAAUGCCAUUUUAUCACUCUGCCUCUGGGGGAAAUAAAGAUCAGUCUUGAUGUUCUCAC